UUUCUGAGUGGUGUCUGCGUGCUGGGUCUUGGAGGAGAGCUGUUUAGGUGAUUUGCUAUGGCAGGAACAGCACGCCAUGACCGUGAGAUGGCUAUCCAAUCCAAGAAAAAGCUCUCCACGGCUACUGAUCCUAUUGAAAGACUGAGAUUGCAGUGCCUAGCCAGGGGCUCUGCAGGUAUCAAAGGUCUUGGCAGAGUGUUUCGGAUCAUGGAUGACAAUAACAACCGAACCCUUGAUUUCAAAGAAUUUUUGAAAGGGUUAAAUGAUUAUGCUGUGGUCAUGGAAAAAGAAGAGGCGGAAGAACUUUUCCGGAGAUUUGACAGAGAUGGAAAUGGGACGAUAGACUUCAAUGAGUUUCUUCUCACAUUAAGACCCCCAAUGUCCAGAGCCAGGAAAGAGGUAAUCAUGAAAGCUUUUAGGAAGUUAGACAAAACUGGAGAUGGCGUUAUAACCAUUGAAGACCUUCGUGAAGUUUAUAAUGCUAAACACCAUCCAAAGUACCAAAAUGGGGAAUGGACAGAGGAGCAAGUCUUCCGGAAAUUUCUGGACAACUUUGAUUCACCGUAUGACAAAGAUGGAUUGGUGACCCCUGAGGAGUUCAUGAACUACUAUGCAGGUGUGAGUGCAUCCAUUGACACGGAUGUGUUCUUCAUCAUUAUGAUGACAACUGCCUGGAAGCUCUAAAUGCCUGAACCUGGGGACCCGGCCGUGAAGAUGGCCACAUGAUUCCAAAUGAUUAACCCUCAACUCAAAAACUCAUAAUGAUCUUUUAUCUCAUCUUCAUUGCACAGCUCCUUCUUUGCCAACACAGUGUAUUUUCUAGGGCUGAUAUAAGGGCAGAAAUAAAGUCACUAAGUGGUUAACUGUG